CGCAGUGGGCGUGCACACGCCCCGGAGUGAUGCUGCGCGCCCCCGCCUGCGUGUGUGUGUAUGUUUGUGUGUGUUUCGUUGAACUGGUAGGAGAGGAGAGGACCAGUGACUGUAGCUGAGGAGACAAGUGCAGGAGGCUCGGCGCAGAUGAACAGGGACUCCACGUACAUAGACACGGUGUCGCUCCGUCGCAGGGGACUGAAGAUCCAGAACAGGCUUCGUCUUUCGCUCCGCCGAGGGAGGAGAUAAGAUCAUACUACCCACUCUGGAUGUGAGUGUUUUAUGGCCAGGCUCAGUACACAGAGUGAGUCUUGAUGAGGGACAGGGGUCGACGUUUUACUCCACAAAGAAGAAUUCUGAUGUUUGCUUGUGAGGAUGGCUGACCAAGUGAAAUAGAAGACAACCCCAGGGGAAGAAGAAGAAGAAGCGGACGACUAGCCCCAGAGGAGGAGGCGAGAGUGAGACUCAGAUUUCGGUGUUGUGGAUGAGCACGUGUCCUCUCAAAGUGUGACAAAGCAGAGAGGCAGGGGCGUCGCUUUUUUCCGGGUCAGACCUUUGCGUCACACACGGAUGAUGGAGAGGAGGAGGAUGGACGCAGCGCUGCUUGUGCUGCUCCUUGGACACCUCGCCGCCGCGCUGGAGGUCCCACUAGACCUGCCGCAGCCGCCGACCAUAACUCACCAAUCCCCCAAGGAUUACAUCAUCGACCCCAGAGAGAACAUUAUAAUCCACUGUGAUGCCAAGGGGAAGCCUCAUCCCAGUUUUUCUUGGACAAGAAACGGGACCCACUUUGACGUCGAUGAGGACGCCAACGUCAGCUUGAGGCCCCACUCAGGUACCCUGGUGGUUGACAUCAGCAGAGCGAAGGCCGACCAGUACGAGUCCGUUUACCAGUGCACAGCCAGGAACAAACACGGAACUGCCGUUUCCCACAACAUCGUGGUUCGACAGUCGAGGUCCCCCCUGUGGUCGAAGGAGAAAAUCAACCCAAUCGUGGUCCAGGAGGGCGUGUCCUUGGUGUUACCAUGCCGACCCCCGGCUGGCCUGCCCCCUCCCAUCAUCUUCUGGAUGGACAACUACUUCCAGAGGCUCCCUCAGAGCAACAGAGUGUCCCAGUCCCUCAACGGAGACCUUUACUUCUCUAAUGUGCUCCAAGAGGAUUCCAGGAACGACUACAUCUGCUACGCCCGCUUCCCGUACACACAAACCAUCCAGCAGAAACAACCAAUCAGCGUCAAGGUCCUCAGCCUGGAUGCAAUCAAUGACACAAUGGCAGCUUUUUACAAUGAAACUGAUUUAUUUAGUGACGACCCAGCAGAUGAGAGGAAGCCAACCUUCCUCGUCCCAUCUGGCCCCUCCAGCACCAAGACCGUGCUGAGAGGACAGGUGCUGGAGAUGGAGUGCAUCGCCGAAGGACUGCCCACCCCGGAUGUCUCCUGGACCAAAGUGAGCGGCGAGCUCCCCGCUAAGCGCACGUCCUUCCUGCACUACCAGAGGACCCUUCGUAUUGUGAACGUGUCCGAAUCAGACGCGGGAGAUUAUCGCUGCACCGCCCGGAACAAGCUCGGCACUGUGCACCACAACAUCCACAUCAUGGUCAAAGCCGCUCCAUAUUGGAUCAGCGGAGCGCCCAGAAACCUUGUUCUCGCGCCGGGAGAGAACGGGGUGCUGACCUGCAGGGCCAGUGGCACGCCCAAGCCCUUCAUCAGCUGGGCGAUGAAUGGCAUCCCUAUAGAGAAUUCACCAAAGGAUCUGAGCAGGAAGGUGGAGGACGACACCAUCAUCUUCACGGAUGUUCAGACCGGAUCGAGCGCCGUCUAUCAGUGUAACGUCUCCAACGCCUACGGCUAUCUUCUGUCCAACGCCUUCGUCAAUGUGCUCUCCGAGCCGCCCAGAGUGCUGACUCCGGCCAACAAAGUCUACCAGAUCAUCAAAAACCACAAAGCUCUGAUCGACUGCUCCUCCUUCGGGUCACCCAUCCCGAAAAUUACCUGGUUCAAAGACAGUCGCUCCAGCACCCUGGAUGGAGACCCUUACAUCCUUCAUGACAACGGCACUUUAGAGAUUCACACAGCUCAGGCACACAACAGUGGAAAGUACACCUGCGUGGCCAGGAACUUACUGGGGAAAGAAGAGAACCACGUGUACCUGGAGGUCAAAGAGCCCACCCGGAUCCUGAAGCAGCCAGAGUACAAGGUGGUCCAGAGGGGCCGGUCUGCUGUGUUUCAGUGUAAAGUGAAACACGACCCCUCACUUGUCCCCACCAUGACGUGGCUCAAAGAUGACGGAGAGCUGCCUGAUGAUGAGAGAUUUAUUGUUGACUCGGACAGCCUCACCAUCACUGAAGUGACAGAGAUCGACGCAGGCGUGUACACCUGCAUCAUGAACACCACGCUGGACCAUGAUUCAGCCAGCGCUGAGCUCACCGUCGUCGAGCGACCCGAUUCCCCCACUGACCUCGAGCUGACGGACCAGAAAAAGAGGAGUGUGCAGCUCACUUGGACCCCUGGGGAUGAACAUAACAGUGCUAUUCAGAAGUUCGUGAUCCAGUAUGAAGACUCACUGCACCACAGAGGUCACUGGCAUAAUCUCACAGAGGUCCCUGGAACCAGGACGACAGCUCACCUCAAACUGUCACCCUACGCCCACUACACAUUCAGAGUCCUCGCACUCAACGCUGUGGGUUUCAGCCGCCCCAGUUUCCACUCCAAGACAUACAAGACAGAAGCUGCAGCUCCAGACGAGAACCCAACAGGUGUUGAGGGAUUUGGAACAGAACAUGAUAAUCUUGUAAUCUCGUGGAAGCCACUGACGGGCCUGCAGUCUAACGGUCCGGGGCUUCACUACAGAGUCAUGUGGAGGCAGAAGACGGUGAGCAGCGAAUGGAAUGCAGCUACUGUGGCAAACACCUCCAAGUUUGUCGUGUCUGGAUUGCCCACAUUUGUUCCAUUCGAACUAAAAGUUCAGGCUGUGAACGACCACGGAACGGCGCCUGAGCCUGCCAUCGCCCAUGGCUACUCAGGAGAGGACUUGCCGGUCGCAGCUCCGGACAACGUGCAGGCCAUGGUGGUGAACAGCUCUCUCGCAGAGGUAUACUGGGACCCCGUGCCAUCUAAAUUAAUCCGUGGACACCUGAAAGGAUACAAGGUUUACUACUGGCUAGAGCGCAGCCUUCAUAAACACAACCCUCACCACGUGGAGAAGCAGAUCCUGACCUUCAGCGGGAACCACAGCCACGGCAAGCUCCCCGGCCUGCAGCCCUUCAGCCUCUACUCAUUCAAUGUCCGGAUAUUUAACGGGAAGGGGGAGGGGCCCUACAGCCCCACGCAGCAGUUUGAGACACCAGAAGGAGUGCCGGGUGCUCCUACUUCCUUGUCAGUCACCAACACAGACCUGGACUCUCUGACCCUUGAGUGGAGACCUCCUCAUGUCCGUAACGGACGCAUCACAGGCUACACCCUCAAAUACCAGCCAGUCAAUAACUCCAAUGAGCUGGGUCCAGUGGAGGAGCUGGCCCUGUCUGCCAAUGAGACCACAGUCACUUUGUCCAACCUCAGGCACAGCACACGCUACAAGUUUUAUUUGAAUGCCAAAACAGUCAGGGGAGCAGGCCCCGCCAUUUCUCAGGAAACGGUCACCAUCAUGGAUGAAGCUGUGGCGAGCAGACAGGUGGAUAUCGCUACUCAGGGAUGGUUCAUUGGCCUCAUGUGUGCCAUCGCUCUGCUCAUCCUGAUCCUCCUCAUCAUCUGCUUCAUCCAGAGGAAUAAAGGAGGGAAAUACCCUGUCAAAGAGAAGGAGGAUGCACACACAGACCCAGAGUUCCAGCCCAUGAAAGAUGAUGACUGUACUUUUGGGGAAUACAGUGACAAUGAGGACCAUAAACCAUUAAAAGGGAGCCGCACGCCGUCUAAUGGGACAGUUAAGAGAGAUGACAGUGACGACAGUUUAGUUGACUACGGGGAAGGAGGAGACGGACAGUUCAACGAGGACGGCUCGUUUAUCGGACAGUAUAGUGGAAAGAGUGUCAGCAGGGACACUGCUGAGGGCCACGAGAGCUCCGAGGCCCCAUCCCCUAUUAACGCCAUGAACUCCUUGAACUCUUUCGUGUAGCCGCUCGGCCCUCACAGACAUGAAUCAUGACUCCUCGACCCUCCCCCCCCACAUCCCGACACUGCUUGGCUUUAUGAUCACAUCUGCAUCCCCAAUGCAACACAUGACACAUAAAACACAAAACUCAUCAAAGACUUUCUCUUUUUGAAACCUGUGUUGAUUACAGUUUAUAUAUAACAUUUUAAUAUUAACAACUGUGGCAUCUCACCACAGAUCUUACACGGACUAUGCAGUGCUUGUCUGAACUAUAUUUGUUUUGGGUUAUUAUAUUAUCUACUAUGUUCAAAUAGUAAUCACUGUCCACAGUAAAUGACUAUAACUCCAUGUUCUUCUUCCAAACACAGAGGCUUGUACAGGAAUCUGUGUUAACUAUGUAAUCCCUUCAUGUAUCCCUUUCUGUGUUUACAGUGUGUAUAUAUAAAGUGAACCAUCUAUGAACUGAUAUAAGAAGCAGAUCACACAGCAUGCUUGACAUGGCUGCAUUGUCACACCCUCAUCUGUCACCACUCUGUUGAAUGAUCCAGCUGCACACAUGAUGGAGGGAAAACGCUGCAUGGCAUGUCACACAGCCUCCAUGACCUUUGCCCCCGCAUGCAACCUCCUCUGAUUGAGUUUGACCUGAAGGCCAUUGGAGGGGACAAUCGGCUCGUCUCAGUCCCUUCAGUGCUCCUUCGGAAGGUAGUGCCUUUUUGAAUCAAUCCUGAAGUCUCUUUUCAUCAGAGUUCAGUGACAGGAACAGAGACGGUAGUUAAUCUACAGGUGUCUCACCAAAGGAUGGAUAAGAUAAGCUGAAGAAGAGGACUCUGUAAAAGGAGGAUAAUUCAUGUACUCCUGUCAUCUUAUUUUAAAAAGACCUCCCAAUGCCUUGAGUCACAGAACUGGCUUUGGUUCCUCCAAGUACUAAACACACAGGAUCAAACUGAAAUAUCAAAACUAUGUCUAUUACAUUUUCAAAGUCUACAGUCAUUAUGUACAGUACCUGAUUGUAUUACUGCAGUGUGUGAAUGUAUGGGCAUGUGUGAGUGCGUAGGCGUAUGUGUAUGUGUGUGAAUACUGUACAUUGUUCAGUUCUUAUUAUGUAAACAUCGUUGACUUAUACUAACCACACUUGAAAGCCUUUGGAUGGGAUCAAGAUUUCGUUUUUUCUUAACUUGCAUCAAGUUUUUUUUUUUUUUUUAAGACGUAUAGAAUAUUUGUUGAAUUUGUAAAUACAUGAAUUGAUUGUACAGGGACAAGCAGCGUAUGCGGCAGCCUAAGAGGCAAUAUUGUGCAUGAUAUGGUUUAACUUGUUGAUAGGGCUGUAUUAAAUAUAGAGAACGUGUAGAGAAUAAAUAUAUAUAUAUUCAA